AUGAACUUAUUGAAUGUGGUAACUUGCUUAAAAUCGUUGGUUGUUUAAAUUUUAAGGCUAACAAAAAUGGUAAACAUGAUGCAUAAACAGAAUAAACAAUCGCGAGCUUCAAAAUCUGCGCUGCUGUUCUUGUACAAUUGUUAUUAUAUAUGAAAUUUCUGAUGAUUACUGAAUUUCAAUACCCUCUUAGUAUUUUCGACGAUUAAUGUCUCAUUAAUUGAAAAUGAGUUGCCGUCCCUGGGCGGUGUAUGAUAUGUUUCAAAUUUCAUUUGUUAAAAUCUUGACCAAUAUGUUUGUGUUCAUCUUGAUUUUUGAUUUGCUCAUAUUUGUAUAUUGUUCUAAUCUUUGUUUUAUUUUUAUUCCAUGAAUCCAAAUGAAUUUUAUUCAAUUUUGUUGUUGGGUGAUGUAAUUUUGUUAUUUCAACAUUAUUGCAUAAAAGAUCAUGUCAAAUUAUACUUGAAAGUUGAAACCCUUUCCUCCUUAUAAAAUGGAGGGUGAUUGAUGAUGGCCGGGUGGGCUGUGGUUUCAGACAAUCUCUCUUCCAAAUUUCCAAUCUCUUCAAGUGCAAAACCUGUAGUUCUCUCUUCCCGUUUUCCCCACUGCGCCCUCUUCUUCCCUGUCUGUUCAAAUUCUCACAUUCGGGGCGCAGAAGCACAAGAAGAGAAAGGGAGAGGGCGGAUAAAGGCUUCGGGGGUUUGGCUUUGGUCCCUUCCAUCUUUCUCUCUCCAUCUAGCUCUGAAACCCUUCAUUCAGCUUUGUCUCCCCCUCUCCCUUUCUCCAUCUCGUCUCUGUAUCCCCCCGCCAAAGCUUUGUUUCCGCUUCUUCAAUCAAUCAAUGCAAUCUUCAUGCGAGGCAAAUUGGAGAUUCAAGGGUUUAGGCUCAAACGUACAGAGAAUAAGCUAUCCGGUUCAAGAGAGGCAUUGAUUUCCCACCUUUGUAAUGCAGUUGUGAUUUGUGAUUUUAUCGGCUUUUGAAAUAGUUGGCUUGGCUUUUUGUAUAUUAUGAUUCUAUAAUACCAUGUGCUAUAUGCUAUUUGUAUGAGUCUGUAUUACAAUCACAUUACUUGUUUGAGGAUUAGGGUUUUUGAGGUCAAAGGGCAUUGGUUUCUGGAUAUGUAUGUGUUCCAUUACUGGUUUUUAGAUUUGGGUAUUUGAGGCUAAAGGGUAUUGGUAUUUGGGUGUGUGAUUUGGCUGAGAUAUGAGUCGGAGGGUACGGAGAAAGGUGGCGAGACGGGGAAAGGAGAAGGCGGCUUUGCCAAGUUACAUUGAAAUUGAGGAUGAGGGCUUGAGUUCAGAGCGAAAGGGGCUGGUGGAUUGGACCAGCUUGCCUGAUGAUACAGUGAUUCAGCUGUUUUUGUGUCUGAAUUAUCGUGACCGGGCAAGCUUGUCAUCAACAUGUCGAACAUGGAGGACUCUGGGAAUAUCUCCAUGUUUGUGGCGCACAUUGGAUCUUCGUGCCCACAAAUGUGAUGCUGCUACAGCAGCUUCACUUGCAUCUCGGUGUGCAAAUCUUCAGAAGCUUCGGUUUCGUGGUGCUGAGUCUGCUGAUGCUAUUAUAAAUCUUCAAGCUAGGAAUUUGCACGAAAUCAGUGGUGAUUACUGUCGUAAAAUUACUGAUGCUACUCUUUCGGUCAUUGCGGCUCGUCAUGAGGUGCUUGAGAGCCUCCAACUUGGACCAGAUUUUUGUGAAAGGAUUACUGGCGAUGCUAUCAAAUCGAUUGCUCUUUGCUGUCCUAAAUUAAGGAAACUCCGGCUUUCAGGCAUUCAGGAUGUUGAUGGAGAUGCCAUUAAUGCUUUGGCUAAGCAUUGCUCAGAUUUGACUGAUGUAGGAUUCAUGGACUGUCAGAAAGUUGAUGAGAUGGCAUUGGCAAAUUUACUAUCAGUUCGAUUCCUCUCAGUUGCUGGGACAUCAAAUGUGAAGUGGAGUUCAGUUUCACACCUUUGGAGUAAGCUGCCUAACUUGGGUGGGUUAGAUGUUUCAAGGACUGAUGUUGGUCCAAGUGCUGUUCUGAGGUUGCUCUCAUCAUCACAGAGCUUGCGGGUCUUGUGUGCCUUGAAUUGUCACCAUCUCGAAGAUGACUCUAACUUUGUUGCCCAUCACAAAUAUAAAGGGAAAUUGUUACUUGCCCUUUUUACUGAUAUUUUCAAGGGAUUAACUUCUUUACUUGCGGAUACUAUGACGGAGAGGAAUGUAUUUACAGACUGGCGGAAUUCAAAUAGCAAGGAUAAGAACUUGGAUGAGAUGAUGGCUUGGCUUGAAUGGAUCUUAUCCCACACUCUUUUGCGUAUAGCUGAGAGUAAUCCACAAGGUUUGGAUAAUUUCUGGCUGAAGCAAGGUGCAGCACUGUUGCUCAGUUUAAUGCAGAGCUCACAAGAGGAUGUCCAAGAAAGGGCAGCAACUGGACUUGCAACUUUUGUUGUCAUUGAUGAUGAAAAUGCUAGUAUUGAUUGUGGGAGGGCGGAAGCAGUUAUGCGGGAUGGUGGCAUACGCCUCCUUUUGGACCUUGCGCGAUCCUGGAGGGAGGGGCUUCAGUCAGAAGCUGCAAAGGCUAUAGCAAACUUGGCUGUAAAUGCUAAUGUUGCAAAAUCUGUUGCUGAAGAAGGAGGAAUCAAUAUCCUUGCUGGUCUAGCAAAGUCUAUGAACAGGUUGGUUGCCGAAGAGGCUGCUGGAGGACUCUGGAAUCUUUCUGUUGGGGAAGAGCACAAGGGUGCCAUUGCGGAGGCUGGUGGUGUGAAAGCAUUGGUUGAUCUUAUUUUUAAAUGGUCAUCUGGCGGUGAUGGAGUUCUGGAGCGUGCUGCUGGGGCACUAGCAAAUUUGGCAGCUGAUGAUAAGUGUAGCAUGGAGGUUGCACUGGCAGGUGGUGUACAUGCUUUAGUAAUGCUUGCUAGGAGCUGCAAGUCUGAGGGAGUGCAGGAGCAGGCUGCUCGUGCUUUAGCUAAUUUGGCUGCUCAUGGGGAUAGUAACAGUAACAACGCCGCUGUUGGACAAGAGGCAGGUGCUCUUGAAGCACUUGUGCAACUUACAUGUUCUUCUCAUGAAGGUGUUAGGCAAGAAGCUGCUGGUGCACUCUGGAAUUUGUCAUUUGAUGACAGAAAUCGAGAAGCUAUUGCAGCAGCUGGUGGUGUUGAGGCCUUGGUGGCUCUUGCACAAUCCUGCUCGAAUGCUUCCCCAGGUCUUCAAGAGAGGGCUGCAGGUGCUCUUUGGGGGUUGUCAGUAUCAGAAGCGAAUAGCAUUGCUAUUGGACGAGAAGGCGGUGUUGCACCUCUUAUUACACUGGCACGUUCUGAGGCAGAAGAUGUGCAUGAGACUGCCGCAGGAGCUCUUUGGAAUCUUGCUUUCAAUGCUGGCAAUGCUCUUCGAAUAGUGGAGGAGGGGGGAGUUCCAGUCCUUGUUCAUCUCUGUCAUUCAUCAGUAUCGAAAAUGGCACGCUUCAUGGCUGCACUAGCAUUAGCAUACAUGUUUGAUGGAAGAUUGGAUGAAGUAGCAUUGAUAGGAACUUCAUUAGAAAGCACUUCAAAGAGUGUGAGCUUAGAUGGGGCUAGGAGGAUGGCCCUGAAGCAUAUUGAAGCUUUUGUUCUCACCUUUUCUGAUCCACAUGCAUUCUCUGCUGCCGCUUCAUCAUCAGCCCCCGCAGCAUUGGCUCAGGUGACAGAAGCUGCUCGAAUUCAAGAAGCAGGACAUCUGAGAUGCAGUGGAGCUGAGAUUGGAAGAUUUGUUGCCAUGUUACGAAAUCCUUCCUCUGUGCUCAAGGCAUGUGCUGCCUUUGCUCUUCUCCAGUUUACAAUCCCUGGUGGCCGGCAUGCCAUGCACCAUGCAAGUCUCCUGCAGAAUGCUGGAGCAGCACGGGUUCUGCGUGGUGCUGCUGCAGCAGCAACUGCCCCAGUUGAAGCCAAAAUCUUUGCAAGAAUUGUACUUCGCAACCUUGAACACCACCAGUUAGAACCUUCAAUAUUAGAGACUAAAUUCAGCUGUCAAGGAAAAUAAUUUCACCCUUCCAGUCACCGAUCGAAGCCGUCAUUUCAGCUUACCUUCUUGGAUUGGCAGUAAAUGAGGCAUAAGAAUAUAUACAUAUGUAUGUAUGUAUGCACUCAGAUCUGUGUAAACUCAUACAAGGGACCAAUACAUGUCCUCAAGGCAACUCUGCGCCAUCUUUGUUCUGUUCCACCACCUCUUUGUAAGGGAUUUAAGAUUUCAUAUUUUGUUAGGAAAUGCUUCUUUCUCCCUUUAUGUACCCUUUGUGUUCAAUCUUAUGCUGAAGAUACAUCUAGCAGGCGAUUGACUCAACCAAUUCCUCUUAUUUUCUUUUUAAUUUUGGUGGUUUUGUAGUCAUUGUGAUAAUAGAUUUUAUAUAUAAAAUAUAUGUUGAAGUUGUUUUGGAAUUA